UGCAAUGUUUUGAUGUCGUAGUUUGGUCCCGAAUCCUCCGGAUCCUCAAACAGCACCAACAGCACCGCGGAUUAUAACUCGACAAGCCCGAAAAAUAAUCUGAAACCAGGGUAACCGAUUUGAUCAAAUACACCCCGAAUCUAGCAAAGCCUCCCGAGUGAUGUCGCUGUUCCAGCAGCCACGAUGGCUCAGGCGGUGGAUCCGUCGGCGGAUGAAUCCCAUACCGGUGGAUCGGGCUGCCCAGUGGAAGGGUCGGUUAAGUGUACUGUACGCCGUACUGGCGUGGAACGCUAUCGGAUGGGUUGGCUAUAUGGUGUUCACCGGCCGGAACGACUGGGCCUUGUAUUACGGCGUUAAGUCGGAAGAGGAAGCAAAGAUGCCGCAAGCCAUAAGAUUCGCUAAGCAGCUAAACAUACCUAACGCCCAGGUGAUGAAGUUUAGUGGUAUCACAAAAAAGGAUGAAUACGAGCUAAAGGACAAUGAAGUCAUUCGAGCCGGAGAUCAACCAAAAGAUGUUUCGGACUGAAUACUAGGAAAGUUAUAGGUAGAUGAUUUAAAUACCAAGGUUAAUAAUAUUAAUGUUUUAGUAUUGUA